AUGGCGCGCUUCCUCCGGCUCGCCCUCUUGCUCUGCCCUCUUCUGGCCUCGGCUAGCACCACGGACCCGGACCCAUCGCGGCGGUGGGAGGCUUACAUCAAGAGCCCAACGUCGCGCACCGUCCUCCCCAAAGAGAUCCAUGCCAUCUCCGGCGCCGCCGAGGUGACCUCCGCCGACGAUGGCACUUAUAUCCUCUCCCUCCAACCUGGCGGACAAGUCUCCCUUAACUUUGGCUACGUCGGCGGUCUCCUCUCCAUGACGACGGAGACGGACGAAAUCACCACGGAGGACUCGUCCGGACCGCACUUCUCCCUUGCUUUCGCCGAGUCCCCGGUCUUCGUCCGCGCAAUCUCAGACGACACCGGCGCGGUCCCAACCCAGGACUACGACAAAGCCCUCAACGUAACCCUCACCACCGCCUCCCCUUCCCCCUACAUCAUGCCAACGGAGCGAUUCCGCGGCGGGUUCAAGUUCGUCACGGUCCACGCCUUCCGCCCCGUCACAAUCUCCUCGAUCGUGUGCCACCUCGGCUACUCCCCCUCUCAGGACGACCCUAGCGACUACUCGGGCCACUUCUACACCCCGGACGACGACCUCCUCGUCAGGGCGUGGUAUGCCGGCGUCUUCACGGCGCAAACAAACAUCGCGCCGCCCAACACCAGCCGCUGGCUCCCGCAGGUCAAGGACGGAUGGGCUUACAAUGCGACCCUCGGCGCCGAAGGGCCUAUGCUCCUCGACGGCGCGAAGCGCGACCGCGCAGUGUGGCCCGGCGACCUCGGCAUCGCGGGGACGACCGCGUACCUCGGCCUCGGCGACGUCGGGCUCGAGUCGGUCUAUUACGCCCUCGAGACCAUGUUCAUCUACCAGAACGCGUCCACGGGCGCGCUGCCCUUUGCGGGCCCGACGACGGGGUCCUGGCGCCGCGGGGCAAGGAGCGAUACAUACCACGCCUGGACGCUGAUCGCGUGCUUCAACUAUGCGGUCUUCACCUCGGAUCUUGACUGGGUGGCUUCGCGCUGGGGGAACAUCUCGGCGGGCGUGGGGUACAUCGUCCGGGCGCUCGGCAACGACGUCGGCCUCGCGGAGCAGGUCGAGCCGAACGACUGGGCGCGGCUCGGCGGCGGCGGGUUCAACAGCGCUCUCAACGCCUUGAACUACCACGCGCUGUACACCCUCGCCAGUCUGGCAGCCGACACGGCAACGGAGGACAACGGACGCGGGAGGCAGGCCGAGACAUGGGCCGCCGCCGCGGCGAGGUUGAAGGAGGCUUACAACACCGUCCUCUGGGACCCCUCCGCCUCGCUUUUCCGCGACAACGAGACCGAGGCCGGCGCGCUUCUGUUCCCACAAGACGGCAACGCCCUGGCGCUCUACUACAACCUCACGACCUCCCCCUCCCAAGCCUCCGCGGUGUCCACCGCCUUACUCCGGAACUGGAACCAAAUCGGCCCCGUCACGCCCGAGCUCCCGGACACUAUCUCCCCCUUCAUCUCGAGCAUCGAAGUCCUUGCCCAUUUCACGGCCGGGAAGCCCCGCCGCGGGCUCCGUCUUGUGCGGCGCACGUGGGGGUACAUGCUCGACUCCCCCUUGAUGACGGGGGAGACGCUGGUAGAGGGGAUGAGCGCCAACGGGUCGCUUUACUACCGCUCACAGCGGGGCUACAAUUUCGACGCGGCGUACACGUCGCUGUCGCACAGCUGGUCGACGGGGCCGACACAGGCGCUGAGUUUCAAGGUCGUCGGCCUGGAGGUUGUUGGGUGGAAGAAGUGGGUGUUCAGGCCGCAGGUGGGGGACCUGAGGAGGGUUGAGGCCGGGUGGAGGGAUGCCAAGGGAGGAGCGUUUGGGGCCGUGGUCGUGAUCGAGGACGAGAGCGUCUUGGAGGCGGAGGUUUGGACGCCUGAGGGGACCAGUGGGACGGUCGAGGUUUUGAGCUGUCAGGUUGUGUUGGUUGACGGGGAGAAGUGGGACGGGGGCGAGAUCAAAGGUGGGAGGACGAAGGUACGAGGUGAAGGGUGUCGGACCAGUUGUUGA